ACUGCAGGUCCUGAUCAAGAUGAGCCUCUCGCUGCAGCAGACAAUGCAAUCAGAGCCUACAGCAAACACUUGCACACCAGACGAAGAACCGUCGGACGUGCAAACCCUGCAAGAGGUGCUCCUCUACGCUAAGGAGAUGCUGGCUCAGAAACCCAGUCGAGGUCUGCUGAAGGUCUACCUGGUGGGCUCUGUGUUCGCGGUGCUCGGGACCGUGGUGGGAUUGGCUGAGCUGGUGUGUCACCCGUUCUCGUCAGGAGAACCCAUGGACCAGGAGAUGGUCCAAAUGAUGGAGAAAGAACGCAGGACUCAAAAAUCCAACUGCAACGUGGAGAUCCAGGCAACAUUGCAGGACGCGGCGCAGAGUGUGACAUUCUCCAAGAACCAAGGUCAAAGAAAUCUGUCCAAUCGGCUCCAUGCUUCGUAGAGACCACUUAUUUAUUAUUACAGACUGCUCUUGCACGUGUACCAUGUUCCUUUCCAAAGACUAAAUACCUGACAAUCAAAGAUGCCUUCAAGUGCUACUGGAAAUCUUCAUUUUUGCACUGGACUCAAAGGCUGCAGGUUCAUUUGUGUACAAUAGUAACUUUCCUUCC